AUGCCGUACAUAUCUCUCGCCACGUACCGGUUUAUAACCGUGGUCGCUGCAACCCUUGUCGCGCUGGCAAGCGGAACUAAUUAUGUAUAUUCAGCAUGGGCACCACAGUUCGCCGACCGCCUGAAGCUCACCUCGACAGAAGGGAAUCUAAUUGGCGCUGCUGGAAAUGUGGGUUUAUAUGCAGUUGGAAUCCCCAUUGGAUAUAUGGUGGACACCAGAGGAACUAGACCUGGUACCCUCAUUGGAGCUAUUGCUUUAUUCUGCGGUUAUUUUCCAAUUCAUAGAGCCUACGCUGCUGGCGCCGGGUCCAUGAACGUUGCGCUAUUAUGCUUCUUCUCCUUCCUUUCGGGCAUGGGAAGUUGUGCAGCGUUCUCAGCAGCAAUAAAAACAGCUGCAAGCAACUUCCCCGACCAUCGAGGCUCGGCAACUGCUUUCCCACUCGCAGCGUUUGGUCUUAGUGCAUUUGGCUUCUCAGCAGUGUCAGCCAUGGCGUUCAAAGACGAUACCUCUCAGUUUCUUUUAUUACUUGCCGUCGGCCCUUCGUCAUUGAUACUGGCCUGCGCGUAUUUCCUACAAAUACUUCCCCCACCGCCAUCAUACUCUGCAGUUGCGAAUGGUGAAUAUCCCGAGUCAAAUGUAUUGCAAAGUAUCCAACCUGCUGAAAAUAUACAAGUGGCUUCUGAAACCGAUUCGAACCGUGCGAUUGCCUCCUCCUCCUCUGCGCAGGUUACCGCACCGCUACCUGCAGAAUGUCCGGCUGUUCCAAAUGCUUCUGACGCAGAAGCCGACGAGACCUCAUCCCUGAUGAGCAGGGCUAGGUCGCUGAGUGAUAGUGGCAGCUACCUUCAACCUCAAUCUUCUAAGCCUAGCGGCACCGACCAUGCUAGCACCGAUAUACGGGGAAUGCGCCUUCUCCCUACGCCACAGUUUUGGCAAUUAUUUUUACUGCUCGGUAUUUCUACAGGAGUUGGAUUGAUGACUAUUAAUAAUAUUGGUAACGACGUCAUGGCCUUAUGGAGGUACCGCAAACCCAAUGUCAGCCCCCAUUUUCUUCGGGAAAGACAAGCCGUACAUGUUUCGAUCUUCUCUGUGAUCAGCUUUGUAGGACGUCUUUUAAGUGGUAUAUCUCUCUCAAUAUCCUACACUUUAAUCAACAAAGACACUCUAACAUUUCCCUUGUCAGGUAUUGGAUCGGACUUCGUCGUUAAACGCCUCCACAUGUCACGAUUCUGGUGUCUUUUCGCCGCCAGCAUCCUAUUCUGCAUCUCCCAAUUUGGGGGUAGCACGAUUUCCAACCCACGCCACCUCCUAUUCGUUUCGUCUCUGACCGGCCUAGCAUACGGUAUGCUCUUCGGUGUUUACCCGGCCAUCGUCUCCCAUACAUUCGGUAUAUCCGGUUUCUCCCAAAAUUGGGGCGUCAUGACCCUUGCAGCCGCUAUUUUUGGUCACAUUUUCAAUUACAUUUAUGGUGCUAUAUAUGAUAGCCACUCGAAGCUAUCACCGGAUGGCAAACGUCAAUGUAAUAUGGGCUUAGAGUGCUAUGCAACGGCGUAUUUGGUGGCCUUUUACGCUUCCAUAUUCUGCGCUGUAUUGACAUUAUUGGGGAUGUUCCUCGAGAGGCGAGGAGUUCCCCGCGGUAUGGAUGCUGACGAAGACGAGGUUGAUGAACGAAUUGCAUGA